AUGUCGACCGCUAUGACUUUUGGGCAAAAACAGUUCAUACCAACCCCACCAGAUAAGGGAAGCUUUCCUCUGGACCAUGAUGGAGUUUGUAAAGAUAGUAUGAGAAAAUAUAUGAAGUGUUUAUUAAACAAUAAUGGUAAUAAUUCAAUGUGUCGAGAUGAAGCGAAAGAAUACCUGGGAUGUAGAAUGGAUAACAACCUAAUGGCCAAAGAAGAUUGGAGUAAAUUAGGUUUCAAAAAUGAAGUUACAGAAGAUAAGAAAUGA